AGAAAUAGAAGAGAGAAUUUUCUCUGAAUUAAUUCUUUCAUGGUAUCAGAACCAAAACCCUAGAGGAUUUCCGCGACUACUGUGCACCGAUCGCCCGGCAUCGCGUCCAGCGGUCGUCACUUGGUGUUGCUGCGGAAAGACCGGAACGGUCGACCGUCGGGAUAGGAACGGUCGAAGGCAUCGACCGUCCCGACGACAGCUUCUUCAGUUGCUACAGCAGUUCGAUCCAUUGUUAGCCCCUGUCAUCCGGUAUGUCUAAAGAGGCAUCCAUGAAGAUUAUUUUCAGCAAGAAAAAUGAGGAAGAAGAGAAAAAGGGAUAUUCACCGUUGCCCGAUUUUGGAGAUCUGACUAUGGAGCAGUGGAAUGCUGUUCGUCACGCUCUUGCACUAUCUCCUACAGACAUCAAUAAGAAACUUACAGGUGAAAUCCAAGAUGAGAGUGAAUCGAGUAGUUCCCCUUCGAUCGAUCACUUUGAAGAUGAUGAAGAAACGCCCAUGGAAAGGCCGAUGGACCGUUCCAUGAGGAACAGUCGGCCGGAGGAAGGUGGUGAAGCAGACAGACUACCGACGGUCGACCUGAUGGACCGUUCUGCUGUACACGGUCGACCGUCCGAGAGGCAGAAAGAUGGGUUGCAGGGAGAUGGACAAACGGUCGACCUGGUGGACCGUCCUGACAUCCACGGUCGACCGUCCGAGAGGCAGAAUGACGGUUCUUUGGGAGAUGAUCAAACGGUCGACUGUGAUCUGGAAGACGGUCGAUCGCCUCCGAGGCAGAAAGUCAGUGAUCCGGAACAGCUUCAGAUGGUCGACCCCGUGGACCGUUCAACGGACGGCGGUCAACCGUCCUCUUCCCAGAAGGUGGUGGAGAACUUGGGACGUGGUCAGCGUGAGAAACAUCCAAAUGUACGCCUUGCCGAUUAUGUUACCCAUGUGGUUGGACCAUAUGUCGGGGAGAAAUGCAAAUAUCCUCUCUCGUCAUAUGUGACAUAUGAGAAGUUUUCUGAGAAACAUAAAUGUUUUCUCACAGCUCUUGAUGCAGAAGUGGAGCCCAAGGUUCAAAAGGAUGGAGAUCCUCAACAAAUCCCCUCAAAGGAGAAAGAAGCAAAAGUAAAGAUUGAAAACCUUAAAAACAGUAUAAGAGUAUCAACAUCCCAAACCAGUUGUAGUGCAGGCUAACCAACCUACCGAACACGAAAUGUUAAAAAUGAAGUCAAGUUUUCUUGCAUCAGGAGUCUCGAGUAUUACCACCAGAUAAAGAAUAUGAAGGAAAAGCUCAGCACCAAAUAAACACUUCAUCUCCUUCAAUAAAGAAUAAGAGGGAAAAUCUGCAGCAUCUUGUAAAUGUUAUCCUUUCAAGCUAUUGCCAAAACUGCCAUCAUAAACAAUAUCUAAUGUGGACUAAGAUGCAAUCUAAAACUCUACGCAAAGUAGUACGUAUAGUAGCCAAUAAGUUGCUGAUAGGAAUAGGCAAGUAAGAAAGACAAAAUUGGCUAACUGUAAUGUGUAGCCACAAAUCCAAGAAUAAAAUAGUCUCAAGGCUGCAUUGAAUUAGGUAUUGUCAUUAGCUCUAUUGUGUAGCCACAUACCAGCAUAAAAAACCCACACACAGCCACACAGGAAAUGGUAAUUUAAGCUCACUGCAAUAUCAUCAUGGCAGAGUAGUAGUAUAAUCAGAAGCUAACUCAAAGCAAUAUACUACUCUGUAAUAAUCUAUUAAGAGGUAACUGAAAGAAAUAUUGUAUCAAUCCAAAUGCAAUAAAAACAUUAAAAAGAAUAACGAACUUCAUAUAUAUUUUAUUUAAUUACAGAUCAAAGAUUGAAAAGAGUUAAUCGGAAAAAGUCAAAACUGAACAAAUAUUCAGGGAUGAAAGUAGUAGAAAAGAAGAUGAAGUUGGUUAAAAUGGCAUUAAAAAAAUCAUAUCAUAAAUGAGUAGUAAUCAACUUUUAAUAUAACUAAAAUGGCCACAAAAGUAAUUUUAUAAUUUCAGUUGGAAAGUGCUACUUAUCUCAAAUACAUAAUGUACAACUAACUUAAACAAAAUAAUGAAUAUAUAUUUAAUGUGCUGUAAUUAACUAUACUCCAUUUUAAACCACUCUCUCAUACUGUUGAUACUGGUGCAGUAGAGGAAAAAACAGUGUUGCAAUAAGCUGCUCAAUACAUAAGAACUUAGAUCAUUACAAACACAUUAGUAUCUUAAUAGGUACAAACUUAAAAUACCCCCAUUUUCUCCUCUAUGUGGCAUUCAAGCUAAGGCAGCGGCAGACUGCCCUUUUUCUUCUUAGCCUACUCAGCGAAAAUAAUGAACUUCAUUCAACCAGUUUUAUAUAUCUUUGACAGGGAACAUAUGAUUUUUCUAUGCAGUGUUUAAAUUGAUCUUUAGAAAAUUUACAAAACUUUGAAGAGAUCCAUCAUCAUCUCAAGAUAUUAGACACUCAAAGAAUUGAACAAUGAAUAUAUCGAAUAUUAACAUGUAGAACAAAACUUAGCCAUUGUAUGUAAAUAUGAAAAUAAGUUAUAAAAACAAAUGAUUGGUAGCCCAUACCUUGGUAUAUGGUGCUGAUGUGCUGCGACGGGGUUGAUUUAGGAUCCAGUCAUUCUCGCUACAUCUCUUUUGUAGAUGCCUUUAUAAUGUGACAAUAUCUAGGGGAAAUUUCUGCUAUAUAUGUCGGGAGGAGUAAAAGCAGGGAUAAUAAGUAUGCAUUUUGUUAGUCAUGGCCAUGUGACCGUGUUUGAUAGAAAAAUCAGCACUGAUGACAACAUAAACAAAGUGAGGACUUCCAAAGAUGCACUGAGCCAACCUAUUUUUACAUAAUCAUCUAAUAUCACAGAAGCAGUGCACCACAGACGCAUGUAAGCAGUGAUGAAAGCCGUCCUUGUACUAUAGGUUAGCUCUGAUGCUCAGACAAUGGAAACAAACAUUAGAUGGUGCAGUGUUUAUAUUGUCAAAGUAUGCAUUUAGGCAAAAUAUAUACCUAAGUUGAGACUAAAAUAGCCGCAUUAUCUGGACUAAAAACCUACAUGGUGUGGUCAAAGUAUACAUUUAGUCAAAAUACAUACCUUAAGUUGAGACUAAAAUAGACUUAUUACAACUGGCUUCAAACACGCACACUGGGUUGUAUUCC